CCACAUGUAGAAAUAAAUAAUACACUCCACCAGCACCACCUUUUUUUGUAUUCUCAUUCUUUUUUUUUAAAAACCCUUCUUUUAUUUUUACAUGGAUCCCAUAGCGUUUUUUGACCAUUUAGCAGCCAAAAGUGCUACUUCACAAUCAACUCAUGUACAAAGCCUGAGUUCAAAUGAAGACAUUGAGCAAAGAAUGACUUUACGUCCAUCUUUAGACACGCCUCGACAAGAUGAUUUUCAAGAUAAGUGGAUCUUGUUUGUAGAAGCCUAUCGCACUGAAAAGCAAGAGCUGAGUGAACAUUUAAAGGACCAACUGGUGGCACUGGAUCAAAUUGAACAAGACUUUGAUCAGUCCAAUCUAGAGAUUCAGCACCAGGUAGGACGAGCAUUUGAUCGAUUAUCCAGUGACCUUCAUCAUCAUCAGUCUCGUCUAUCCAUCGAAAGAAAACAAUUCGAGCGAGAAAAGGACAUGAUUCAACAGGUUCGCCAAUUUCAGGACGAGAAAAUUCGUUUGAAUGUGGGCGGACAGUUCUUUGAAACUUCAUUAACCACACUUCGAAAAGAUCCUCGUUCUAAACUGGCUCAGAUGUUUAGUCCAGAUUCCAACGUCAAACCAGAGGCAGAUAAUUCGUAUUUUAUUGAUCGUGAUAGCACCUACUUUCGAUUAGUCUUGAAUUAUUUACGUGAUCUUAAAAUUCCUGCAGGAAUUGUAGAGGACCCUAAAAUUAUGGAUGAGUUGAUGCAAGAAGCAAGAUUUUACGAAUUAAACGACUUGCUAAGACUAAAAUGGGAGAACUUGCCAGUGAUCACCCAAGAGCAAUUAUACCAAUUAUACCCUCCUUUUAGCAAAACAAGGUUGUAUCAACCAAUCAUUAUGCGACUCACAGGAAAAAACCUCUCCAAUCUGGAUUUUUCAAACUAUCACAUUGAUCCUCAAUCGAAUUUCAUGGAAAGCAAUUUAGAAAAUGCGGAUUUUUCUCAAGCCAAAUUUGGUUUUGAUUUCGAUCAUCAAGUGAAUUUUACAGGUUGUUUCUUGUUAGGUGCUGUUUUCCCUAAAGAAGGUACAGCCAACCGAGCCUCUGGCGUGCAGAUGAAAUUGGAUGGUGCGAUUGUUUGAUUGGGUUAAAGAGGGGGACUGCUUUAGAAAUUAGAGUGCAAAAAAAAAAAAGCCGCUGCCUAG